GUAUUUCAUGGCUUUAUUUCGUCACCCACGCAUUAUUCGUUGAAGACACAACAUAAAUACCAUAACUCCUUUAUCACCGGUAUAAUGGAAUGAAUCGCGAUAUGGAGCAUCUUCGACCAAAAAAUGGAACCAUGUGAGGCAGAUACUCACUCGUAAAACUUGGCUAUUUAUGACCCAAGUUUUCAUGAGACGAAACAGUUGCUAUGAAUGUACAGAAUCAGCCUCUCAUCCGUAACCUCCGGCUGAACAUUCAUGGUAUAGUAAUCAUGGCUCCAGUAGUGGUCAUCAUCCACAAAGAUCGCAAUACCAACGAUCCAUGGCUCUUCUUCAUCUCCCUCGGCCUGACCGUCCAAAAAUACAACGGACAUUUUUCGGCCUUGUAAUUGAAACCCGUGACCAUUCACCAGGAUGAAGAGAACUAGCAGCAGCAGAAUAUAAAAACUCGUUAAUUCUUUUCGAACACGCUGCCCCUUCAUGAGACGAAACAUGAUCCCCACUUUCCUGCGUGGGCUAUGCGCAGCUUUGGCUGUAGUUAGUGCCGUCGCUCAAUCAUCGGACGCUGCGGAUGUUUUAAUCGCUCACGACGAUCCUCUCAUAUUCUACAACGGGCGAUGGGAUGUUACACCAGAGACUUGGUGGACUGGCUCAGGGUUCAAAUUACAUGUCGACAAUUUGUCGUCCUUGACCUUGAAUCUCGGUCCAUAUACGUCUGACCCUGUUGCAUUGGGCAUAUCCGUCAACUACGGGACUUUUUUCACCAUGAAUGCCACUCAAGGGGCCAAUGCUAUCCCUCUUGGUUCCAUUCCCACCGGGACUUCGACGAGUGUUAUCAGAAUUAACUCUGAGGGGUGGGAAGAGAAUAAUAUGAAUCUUGAGAGUAUUCAGCUUAACGCUGGUGCUCAAUUACUCGAGUAUGAGCCUUCCAAGCUUGCAUUCCAGUUCAUUGGUGACUCGUUAUCUGCGGGUCAAUAUGUACCGGAAGGUGUCGAUCAAGCGUGGCCUUUCCUCACCUCCGAGUAUUUCAAGGCGGAACAUAAUAUUCAAGCACAACCCGGAAUAGCGCUGACGGAUAUCGAUUCAUAUGGCAAUGUGCACGGGAUGAGCUAUCAAUUCUUCCAAACGGAGGAUACCCAGUAUUACUACGAUGCUCUCCACAACUACACGACUCCUUGGGACUUUGCUAGAGAUUACCCAGCUCCGACGCAUGUUGUUGUAAUGAUUGGUGCGAACGAUAGCGGGAACAAUGUGACCUCCACCGUCUUCUAUGACACCUAUCUCGAAUUCCUCGCAAGAAUACGAACGAUCUACGUCACCCAGCCAUUCUUCAUAUUCCUUCCAUGGGGUUGGCCGAGUGCUGAUGCGCCCCCGGCUCCAUACUACGUUGGAAUAUAUCAAGAAGUAGUAGACUAUCGACGGUCGAUCGGUGAUGAAAAUAUAUUCCUUGUUAACUCGACGGGAUGGGUCGAAUACAGUGACGUUUAUCCUACCAAUCUGCACCCGACUCCCGAAGGUCAUGAGAAGAUUGCAGGGUACUUUGAGCAGUGGUUGGAGGAGUGGGGCUUGACAGCUGAACCUGAGUGGGCAACGCCUGCGUAAAUCUAGGCAUUGGACAGCAGAAAAUGUAUUCCAUCUCAUAACUCAUUUCUCUUAUUCGUACCCAAUUCAUCAAAUUUUGGUCGUGCGGCUCAGGUACAGAGAUGUCUGCACGACAUGGUCUUGG